AUGGCGGCUUAUGGUGCAGCCACUUCUCUCAAGAAUACGAUUCACCGUAUUCUACAAUCGUCUAGCAUUUCUCACGUUUCCCACUCUCCACAAAUCUUACAACCUGCCUACGACGAGAUGGAUCGCUUGCAGAGAGUUCUGCUAGGAUUGGACGAGACCAGCUGCAGCAAGAUCAGGACGGAGGUGAAUGCUUUGGAUGAACGAAUCAAAGAGGCAGUUUGGGAAUUCGAAGAUUUACUCGAAUCCCAUAUCUUACCUCAGAUUCUUCCGCAACUCGAAAGCGAGAGACACAACUUGUCUUUCUCUGUAGAUCUGCAGAGUCUGCAACACAGUGUUGAUUGCUUCGUCGAGAAGGUGAAGACGAUGGAGGUGGAGUACUUCAUUGAAGUAAAGAAUAUGCCUGAAGAAGAAGGCGAGCCUAUUUCCUCAAGAAUUGAUUCUGGUGGAAUGAUCAAGUCAAAGAUGGUUGGAUUAUCUGAUGAAUUUGAACAUGCUAGAGAUUAUCUUCUUCAAGGUAAUAACAAUGAACCCUUUUCGAUUAUUGGGAUGGCGGGCGUUGGAAAGACAACUCUUGCUAAGCAUAUUUUUGAAGAUCCAUCAAUUCGGAGCCAUUUUGAGUUUCGAGCAUGGGUCAAAGUGGGCAGAAAAUGUGAAUCUGAUGAACUAUUGCGAUGCAUUCUAGCUCAAGUGGAUCCCAAUGCUUACCAAAUGCUUACCCAAGGAGAUGAUGAGGAGGAGGAAUUAAUUGGAGUCUUGAAAGAAAGAUUGAGGAGCAAGAAAUGUCUCGUUGUGUUAGAUGAUGUUUGGGAGAUACAAGCAACAAAUCGCUUGAUAGAUUGCUUGCAAGAAGAGAAUAUUCUUGGAAGGAUUGGAUACUUACUUACAAGUAGACAACAAAUUAUAUACACAGAUGAUGGGUACGAAAGAGUAGGCUUGUUGAAUGAAGAAGACAGUAAGGAAUUACUUGGUGAGAAGGUGUUUGGUGAAGAGGGUUUCCCUCCUCAACUUGAGAAACUAGGAGAGAAGAUUGCCGAGAAAUGUGAAGGUCUUCCGCUUAUGAUAAUCACGGUUGCAGAGCUCCUAUCAAAAACCGACAAGACCCCAGAGUACUGGACUGAGGUACUCAAACAACGCAGUUCAGUUUUCGUGGAUGCAUAUAAUCAAAUAUCAAAGGUACUUUUUCCAAGCUAUGACUACUUACCCCAACAUUUUAAAAUGCUUUUUCUUUAUAUGGGAGCAUGUCCAUACAAUGAUAUCCAUACACGCAAGUUUAUCAAUCAGUUGACUGCUGAGGGGUUUCUUCAACCGAAUGGAAAAGAAAGUUUUCAAAAAAAAUUCGCCACAUGCUUGACAAAGCUUUCUCUAUGGUAUCAUCUUGUUCUCGACACAUCAGAUUCUUUGUAUUUGGCGAGAAGCUAUCGCGUGCAUUCUUGUUGGCAGCACUUGUGUAAGGAAGAAGGUAGUCGGAUCAAGUUUUUGCAUGUCAUACAAAGUUGUGAUGAUGUUAUAAGAGAUCAGCGCCGGUUGUGUGUUCAUUGGAACAGUUUAUUUUGCUUCAAACAAGUUUGUGAUUCGAUAAAAAGUGAUUGUGCAUCCAAUGUCCGUUCUCUCCUUUGUUAUGGCCCUUAUCACCCAUAUCCAAUUUUAGUACAUGCCAUGGGUCUCAAGUUGCUCAAGGUACUACAUGCUUUAGAUGUCCGAUUUUACCAUAUCCCGAUCGAAAUUUUGAAACUAGUUUGUCUGCAGUACAUUGCCCUAACUUGCAACGGGGACCUCCCUACUUCCAUAUCCAACCUUUUUCACCUUCAAUUCUUGAUUAUUGGUAAACAUAUGAGCAUUAAAAAGCGUGGAGUUCAGUCGUAUAUGCCUGUGCAAAUUUGGGACAUGCAAAAACUAGAGUAUCUUGAGAUAUGGGGAAGCGACCUACCAACCCCUAACUCUGAUGCUACCUUGAACAAACUCAGCAUACUUUAUGGUGUGAGUGCAAACAGUUGUACAAGGGAAGUUCUCAAAAGAAUUCCUAAUUUAAGGGUAUUAGAAAUUGAAGUGGUGUUGAAACCUUAUGAUGAUGAUGAAACCAACCCAUUGAGUUGCUUGAGUUAUAUAUCACAACUCCAGAAUUUGCGAACACUUGGAUAUGGCAUCAGGAAUCCCGAGUUAAAGUAUGAGUUUAAUACUAUCCCUCUUUCGAUGUUUCCAUCAAGUCUCAGAACGUUGGUUUUGAGGGGGUUGGGGUAUCCUUGGAAGUACUUGAAUGCCAUUGGUUCGAUGCUGCCGAAUCUCAAAAUUCUCGUAUUAAAAAGCUAUGCCUUUCGAGGCCCAGAAUGGGAAAUAGAAUCAGGGGGUUUCUUGAAACUUACUACACUUCAAAUUGAAGACACCGAUUUGGUGCAAUGGAGACCUCAACGUGGAAGCUUCCCGAAGCUUCGUAAACUAAGCAUGCAACAUUGCUACAAAUUACAAAAACUCGAUUGGCCGUACGAUCACUCUUGGAUCACACAAAUCGAAUUAGUCGACUGCAAUCCUUUAGCUGUCACUUGUGCUAAUCAAUUAUAUGACAAGUUUUCCUUUCAACUUAUCGUCGAAUCUUCUUUUUGA